AUGGCAGAGUCUUCGAACGUGCUGGUGGAACACCAUAAGUGGGCUCAGCUGGCCAUUACCCAUGUAUUGGGAACACAUGGGAGCGGGGCCGUGCUUUGGCAAAAGCACCCACUUGUUUUCUCCAGCAUGUUUUCAGGCACAUGCUACCCUGAGCGGGCAUUGACCUACAUUUCAGCUGCACGAAGGGAUGUAGCCCCAGACAGCAAAGACCUGAGUGAUCCUGUUUGGACAUGUGAGAUAGAUUCCAAAGCCCGGGCUUCACAACGAGAUGCUGUACCAGACACCGCAUGCAAGUUCGAAAAUAUUGAGCACUUCAUCCACGCAGGGGCAUUGGCAGAGAUGAAAAAAGUGAAGGGCAAGCACGGUGGCAAAAGGUUUCAGAAGUGGUGGGCCAUUGCCAAGAAAGCGACGUUCAAUACGCAUGCAUAUUGUACCCAGCAUCUUCGAAAGUGCCCUAUUCGCAAAAGCAUCACGGACACAACGGGGAGCAUUUGCAAAAGCUACAGCACCAUGGGAAAUAUGGAGCUGGACGACAGUGAGAAUUCCAUUCCAUUGGUGAUUUGGCUUGCUUACCAUUUCUAUCAUCGCACGCCCCUGCUUGUGCACGAGAACGUGCGUGGCUCAGGCAGUCGAGGCAGGGUAUGA